AUGCCCGAACCCAUGGAAUCAGACUGGUCCAACUCAUCAGCAUCGGGCCCUACCCUCUCCUUCCUUCCGCAGGUGCCAAUUAAUGCUUUCCAGCCCGGGGACUCGCAAAUUGAAAACUCUGGGCAGUCCGCCGCAAGCCCAGAGUAUGCUGCAAUCGAAGAGCUGGCAGCGGUCAAGAAAGAGCUUCGCGUUUUGGACCUUGAGUCCUUCUGGAUCAAGCUUAUGGAGCGCACCUCGUCACUGUGCAAUGCUCAGUAUGCUUUCGUAGCCCGACGGGUCAAGGAUGGAGAGUCAACCGAAGAAAUAGCUGGACACAAGCACUCAGUUUUUGGUAUUGCCUACUAUUACAAUGACGGAUUCCAGAUAGUGGGGAUGCAUCGACAUAGGUAUUUUGCUGGCGGAAGCCCUCUGUCGCAUAUGGAUCUUAAGAAGCCAUGCUUAAUCCCAGAGAACCUGAGUUCGUACAAUCUGUUUGACAGGGACAAGCUACCGUUCGCUGCAGAGGGUUACCUGGCGAUUCCCCUAUUUCUGGGGGAUGAAUGCCUUGCUUACCUGGGAUUAAUGUGGUCAGAUGUGGGAUUGCAGAAUCGAAAGCUUUCUUGGUCGUUCAUCGAAACAGUGCUCUUCUCCUUGGAGGACUUGGUUGUCCAACGAAUCCAGGAGGAUAGGCGUGUGGCAGAACAGCAACAAUCUGUCCCAGGCUCGGCUCUAGGUGGACGAAAUAUAGACGAUGAAAUGGCGCCGCCUGCGCAAGGCGCGCAGUUCUCUUCGCAGCAUCUCAAACCAUUUGCGCGCAGCCUCUCGCACGAACUUCGUACGCCAAUGCAGGGAAUUGUGGGUAUGUUGGAUGUCAUGCAUGCAACUGUGCGUGAUGCUCUUAUCGGCAAACCCCCUCCGAAAACUGCAUACGUCUUUCAAUCGCUCAAGGAGAGCAUUGAAAUGGUCCAAGAUAGUGCGAGGAGGGCUGUUGAAGCAGCGGAUAAUGUUGUCCAUGCUUACGAUCUCAACAUGGAGGUCCCUAAAACCCCUCAGGUGGAGCGAGACAGCAUCGUUUUCUCUGCUUCUCCUAUUUCAACAUCCGAGAGUCGGCCAAACGUGUUUAUAGAGGGCAACAACAUGGCCGCCAAUCCCUACAAACGUCGAAGGAGCAACCCGCCAGAACUUGGGAAAACCCCUACUCCGAAGCCAAAAGCUCGUCGACUUACGUCUCCGAAAGAGCUCUCCCCGCGUACCGAGGAGGUAAAAAAUGCCGUGCAUGAGACCGACAAGAUCUUCAAUACUUCAACACCUGCUCAUCAAAUAGAAGCCGUAAUGGCUAGUAUGGUCAAUCCUCGGCCGUCCUUAGCUGUUCGAAGAUCGGCACCUCAUCUUCUGCUGGAGGGCAUCAACGUCAAUUUCCAGGGUCCGGCACUACGCUUCACCAAGCUUCGUGAUCUUCUUCGAUUGGUGGUUAACGAAUCCCUUCAUGUUGGCGGCAGGCCCGAUUUUGUGGUCAGCGGCGCGACAGAGUUGGGUGAAAUGAUUGAGGUCCGGACGCGGUCAUCUAAUGGAGAAGUAUUUUCUAAGACCAUAGACUGGUCCGUGGACAAUGCAGUACCCGAUGCGCUGUUUGCGGAUGACCGAGACCUGGCCAAGCUGAUUUCCUGCGUUUUUCUUAACGCUGUCAAAUUCACAAACAACGGUUUGAUCACGGUUAGGGCCACGCUCAGCCGCAAAACUAACGAUAUAUUGAUCAACGUUCGUGACACCGGCCCCGGUAUCCCUAUGGCAUUCUUGCCCAAUCUUUUCAAACCGUUUGCCCGGGAAGAUGCGUCAAUUACCCGAAGCAAGGACGGGCUAGGAUUAGGGCUGCUUGUAGCAAAGGGCUUAGCAAGGAAGAUGGGCGGUGACCUAGUUUGCGUUCGCUCGUCGACGUCUGGGCCUGACCGUGGCUCAGAAUUCGAGAUUAGGGUUCCCGUGACCGCACCCGAAGCCGCUCGCCCAGUGGCUUUAUCAAUGCAGUUAACCCCACCAAAGACUAAUGACCCAUCGAGACUCAGCAGGGCUAGCAAUACACCUCCAGACACUACUUUAUUAUCGCCACUGAUACCCGUGCUACCACCUACACCGACACCUACCCAAGAGCCAACGUCGACUCUUACAGAUGAGUCUUCCACACCGAUCCCCGCCCGUUCGGCACCCAAAACAACCCUCGCGAAAGGGCAGAAUUUAGAUGUCAAGCCUGGGGAAAGACAUCCUCUUACCUUCCUGGUAGCAGAAGACAAUAAGAUCAAUCGGCGGGUUCUGGUUCAUAUGUUGAAAAGACUCGGCUACCAAGAAAUUUAUGAAGCCGGCAACGGGAAAGAGGCUGUGCGCACCAUGCAGAAUAUUCUCGACGCGCAGAAUUCUGAGCAUGACGCUGCACAAGAACAAAAGCCGUUAAAUUGCCAGACCACGGCGGAUGAAUUUCUCGUGCCCGGGCCACCGCACCGACAGAAGAGAGCAAAGCCAGUGGAUGUCAUACUAAUGGAUCUUUGGAUGCCCGAAAUGGACGGGUACGAAGCCACAUCAAAGAUAUUCGAGAUGAUCAACGAGCGUUACCAGAAUCCGAUUCCAUCGCAAUCACAGUUGCAUCGUCCCGGACUUCCCCUAUCGCAACCACCCACUGUUCUCGCCGUCAGCGCAGACGUUACAGAUGAGGCGCUUAAUCGCGCCACCAAAGUCGGCAUGAAGGGUUACAUGACGAAGCCUUAUAGACUGAUGGACCUGGAGCGACUGAUUGCUGGUUUUUGCUACAAUGAUGCUGCCUCACAGGCACAGAUCAAUGACUCAACGAAUGCAUGAUAUCCCUAUUUCUUUCGUUAUAAUAGAUAAUAAAUUAUACGCUGCAUAUCUGCGCAGCUCUCUUCAUACUAUCAUGAUGAGAUUUUGAUUACCGAUUGCAGACCCUAUGGGCUCGCCCUGUUUUUGCGUUUAUACAUACACGAUUUUUUGA